UAAUCAUCAAGUUUUCUGCUAUAAAACCACAAAACUCUGAGCUGAAACACCAGAACGCACUGAACAACUGAACUCUGUUCAGAUUAACCAGACCUGAAUCCAAACCAGAACCUGAACCAGAACUGAUCCCAGACCAGCCAUGGACAGAGUUGUCCUCCUGCUGUCGGUGGUGUCUCUGGGCGUCUCCUCUCAACCAAUCACAGACAGCCAGCGUCUGUUCUCCAUAGCUGUCAGCAGAGUUCAACACCUCCACCUGCUCGCUCAGAGACUCUUCUCUGACUUCGAGAGCUCUCUGCAGACGGAGGAGCAGCGUCAACUCAACAAAAUCUUCCUGCAGGAUUUCUGCAACUCUGAUUACAUCAUCAGCCCCAUCGACAAGCACGAGACACAACGCAGCUCUGUUCUGAAGCUGUUGUCUAUCUCCUAUCGAUUGGUUGAGUCUUGGGAGUUUCCCAGUCGUUCUCUGUCUGGAGGUUCUGCUCCGAGGAACCAGAUUUCACCCAAACUCUCGGAACUGAAGACGGGAAUCCUGCUGUUGAUCAGGGCCAAUCAGGACGGAGCCGAGAUCUUCCCUGAUAGCUCCGCCCUGCAGCUGGCUCCUUAUGGGAACUAUUAUCAAAGUCUGGGAGCUGACGAGUCACUGAGACGAACAUACGAACUGCUGGCCUGUUUCAAGAAAGACAUGCACAAGGUGGAGACCUACCUGACGGUGGCUAAAUGUCGACUCUCUCCAGAAGCCAACUGCACCUUGUAGCCCUGCAUCUCUACUGUGAAGCCACGCCUCCUGGUGAUGAUGUAAUCCUCCAUGUUCUGUAGUUCCGCCUUCAUGUUUUCUGUCUCUGCUAACUGCCGUUAGCAUUAGCAUUAGCCUCUGUUCAGUGGUUUGUUGAAGCAAGUCAAGUGUUUUGGUGCUGAAAUCCAUAGUGAUGAUGAAAUCUAAGGUUUUUUAAUGUCAUCAUGACGAAAGCUAUGAACAGGAAGUGAUGUCAUACUGUCAGCAUGUGAAAUAAAGUGUGUGCUGUGUUGCAUUCA